CUAAUUCAUGCCAACCACAAGUCACUAAUAUCCUUGGUCAGUCUCAAAAGAGAAUUCGCACUGCUCUUGCAUGCUCAAUUGAAGCCUUUGGCUAGUCAUAAAUCCAGUACAGAUCAACAUGAUCGUUUGCUUGUGAAGCAUUUCCCAAUUAGGAAAUCCACCUGGCUUCAGUGCAAAUUGACAGCGAUCAGCUCCCCAACUAAUAGAAUCUCCAUGUGACAUUAUCGACUUGUGAACUCGAGCUAUCACCGGUCCUUCUCUCGUCUAUUGCUGUUCAUGAGCAGGAUAGCAGUUUCUCUGAAUAUCUGUGGCGACAGUCUGCACGCACUACUGAUGAUUACUGCCAGCAUCAACACUCUGUUUACCACCUGCGAUUUUCAACACUACCGUUAAGUCAACUAACAAGCAGCAUACUUGCUCGAUCUCUAAUCCAACACUUCUCAUUAUUCGCGGAUAAAUGUCAGAUCUAUACUGUCCACUCCCCCCUCGGGGCCAAGAUAUAUUUCGCUUCCGUCGCUUCUACGGAGUGAACUUCGGAUCUACCUUCACACAAGGCCCGUCCCUCCACCAAACCACCGCGCCAAACGAGCUAGAAGCACUAAACAGCUCCAUCGAAACGAAUGGACUCGAAUCCACCACCUCAACAUGGCAAUCCCACUGGCUUUCCGCCCUGCCAAACGACGAGCUGCUCUGGCUCAGAGAUACCUGCCACUGCAACACGAUCCAACUGCCCCUUGGAUUCCUCACCCUCGGUCCUCUCUUCAGCCAAGGAACCCCCUUCGAGGGCGCCCCAUCCGAGGUCUACACGCGCUGCUGGUCCGCCAUCAAGCAUCUCAUCGAGCGGUGCCACGCCCACGGAAUCGGGAUCCUGCUCAACUUCGACCUUACCACCAACGGGGUAGACCUCCGCUCCAGCCCCGAGCGCCUCGCACUCGCCCGGGACUGUAUCGCCUUCGUAGCCCAGGAGGUAACCUUCCACGCCCUGCACGGGGUGGUCGGUCUACGGAUCUCUACAUCAAAGGAGACGCCGAGGCCGGGUUCCUCCAAUCUCCGCGACUGGUACGAGGAGAUCCGGAUGAUAGUCGGCGCCAUCGACGAGUUUCUGCCACUGUACAUCGGCGAUAACAGCCCCGCGGGGACCGAACUCUUCCGUGACUGCGAGACGCUGCUCCACCACCAACUACCCCAGGCCGACUCUAAACAGCCAGCACCGGCAGGAAGGGCGACCUUAAACUUACCCCCGGCGGCCCCCGGCCAUCUGCUACUCUCGCGGGACGAAGUCCAGACAAAGGCCCAGCAAGCCCGGAUCGAGCGGCCGCAGUUACUGAGGGAGGCCUUGGCGCACCGGGAGGGAGAGGAGGAGGAAGUGAAAGGGGAGAAGGGGGAGAGGGCAAAGGAGAAAUACUGCCACCGUGCGGUCGGGCGGCAGAGUUUCGUCCACGGCUGGGAUCUGGGAUACAGCGAUGCGCUGCGGUUUUUCGAUGCCGCGGUGGAAGGGCUGGUGCCGCAGCGCGAGGGGGCGGACAGGAUCGGGGAGGUGGAGUUGUGGGCUCGUCGACGGGCAAGCGACGUUGCACGGCUGGAAGGGAACCAUCGGGCCUGGGAGUUGGGGCUUCGACGGGGAAUUGCCGAUUUUAAUCGGUUCGUGGGCAUUUGAGCUGGUUCUUUUUGAUCCCCCUCCGCGUCGAUGUAAUGUUGCAUAUGGGUUCGUCGGGCUCCGGUGUUAUCGAAAGUGAUGUGGACUAGCUUUGAUUCGGGCAAAUGGUAGUAUACUGCUCUGUCAUCGGCCACAAAAAGUGGCUGGACAGAAGCAUGGGUACAGUACUCUUCAGGCGCCCGAGACUCGGACCUGCGUUUAUUUUCUCCCCGCAAGCACUGAGCUGAGCCUAUUCCAUUAGUUCUCUCGUAGUAUACAUGCCUCAUGCCAAAAGUCCC